UUCCUAGUUAAUCUGCUAUGGACACUUUCUGUUAAUAUAUACAGUCCUAUACGUGUUAAUACACACAUAUUUCUUACCAAUCAAUAUCACUAAACUAUUUGUCAAUAGUCUACUCUAAAGUAUUUUUAAAUAUUUUUUACAGUGCUAGAGUGAGGAGCAUGUAGCCCAUGUGGGUUGGAGGGUGGAAAGUAGGCGUCUCAUAUGAGACAGCUAUAUUUGAUCAGACUUUCCUUCUGGAUGACCCUGUUUGUCUACACAGCCUCUCAGAAACUUUGGCAUCUAUCUGCUUAUAUAUUUUUUACAAGAAUGGCUGACAGUCUUUGCAAUGCUGCUGCCAGUGGAGACCUAUCCAAAGUGCUGUUUUUGCUGCAAAGUGGAGCUGUAGAUGUUAAUGGAUUAAAUUUCGCCGGCAGGACUGCAAUGCAGGUGGUGAAGUGGGGUAACUCCGCGGUGGUCGAGUCUCUCCUCCUGGCCGGAGCAAACCCCAACCUACCGGACCGGUGCCUGAGUCUCACCGCGGCGCACGACGGCGCGCGCGAGGGAUACAUAGAUUCUAUGCGCGUGCUGGUGGAGCACGGGGCAGAUGUGAACCUCCUGGAUGCGCGAGGUGAGCUGCCGCUGCACCAUGCCGCCAGGGAGGGUCACCUGGAGGUGAUCGAGCUGCUGAUCGGACUCACUGAGAACCCCCAAACACCCAACCAGCAUGGACACACCGCCGAGCAGCUGGCGCGCCUCCACAAUAAGGAGAACGCGGCCAAAUCCAUCCACGACUAUCUCAGCCCACACUAAAGGGCGAGGAGGAUGAAGAUGAAACCGCCUGGGCCUUUCUGCUCAUGUCUAUUUGCUGAUACUUUAACAUUUAAUUGAAUAUUUUUCUUAAAAAUCCGUUUGCUUGUUAUACUUCUGGAAUGGCUUAAUGAAUCAGCUGCAACUAUAGAAAGUGUAUGUGAACUGGUAACACAUUUAUUUAGAUGUGCAUAUGCUGCUUGGAGAGAAACGGGAGACAAGUUUAUAAGUAAAGCUAUUGUAAUAAUUUGGUAUACCAAAAUAAAAAAAAAGACAAUAACAAUGGUUCAUAACAAUGUUUGGUUAGUUGUAAAUUCCUGUAGCAUUAAAGCCGUUUCUCACCAGUAUGGUGCAGGAAUGCGGUUGUGUCUGAAAUCUGAAUUGAGAUCUGAAAAAACUCUCGCGAAACUCGC